AUGGCCCCCUCAGCCAUCGUCGAAUUUCCACCUGCCACCCAUGAUGGCCAAGUCCUUGAGAGCCUGUCCGAUGCCAUCGAUGAUGUGAACUGCAUCAAAUACGACUCUGAGGCCAAGUUUGACAGCGAGAAGGACAAGUCUCAGUUCCGUCAGUACGAAGAUGCCUGCGAUCGCGUCAAGAACUUCUACAGAGAGCAGCACAAGAAGCAGACUGUUGCUUAUAACCUGGCUGCUCGCAACCGUUUCAACAGCGCUUCCCGAGUUCGACCUGAAAUGACCGUCUGGCAGGCUAUCGAGAAGCUCAACACUCUGAUCGAUGAGUCCGACCCCGAUACCACCCUCUCUCAAAUUGAGCAUCUCCUCCAGUCUGCGGAGGCCAUUCGCCGCGACGGCAAGCCUCGUUGGAUGCAGCUGACCGGUCUCAUCCAUGACUUGGGUAAGCUGAUGCUUUUCUUUCCCGAGCUUGAGACCCAAGGUCAGUGGGAUGUAGUUGGAGACACAUUCCCGGUUGGCUGUGCUUUCGAUAAGCGCAUCAUUUUGCCCGAGACUUUUGAGGCCAACCCCGAUACCAAGGAUCCCAUCUACAACACCAAGUUCGGCAUCUACUCUCCCGGGUGCGGCCUUGACAACAUCAUGCUCAGCUGGGGCCACGACGAAUAUCUCUAUCACGUGGUCAAGGAUCAGUCUACUCUGCCUGAUGAGGCUCUCGCCAUGAUUCGCUAUCACUCGUUUUAUCCUUGGCACAGAGAGGGCGCCUAUCGUGAGCUUAUGUGCAAGAAAGACCACGCUAUGCUCAAGGCCGUACAAGCUUUCAACCCUUAUGACCUUUACAGCAAGAGCGACAAUGUCCCUUCUGUCGAAGAGCUUAAGCCUUACUACAUGGACUUGAUUAAUGAGUUCUUCCCUCAGAAGCUCAUCAAAUGGUAG